AAAGUGAGAGAGAUAACACAGUAAUGAAAAUGUGGUUUUUUUUUUCUUCAUUUUCUUGGUAACCAAACAGAGGGUUGGAUUUCACUCUAGUACUUAAUAAGUUAGAUAUGCUGUUCCGGGAAGUCUUCAAUUCUAGGGUUUCUCUUUGAACAGACGUUUGGAUUACUGCUCAGAAUGAAAUUUUUGUUAGAUUAACGGUCUUUCCUAUUUGGGAAUGUUUUCUGGUAACAAAAUAGAUUUUGGAUGCCCAAAAAACUGAAAAAGAGGUGUGUUGAUAUCUAGGUGUUUAAUCCAUGGGACAUUAUUGAAAACAAGAAAAUGAGCAUUGUGUCCAAGGAGACAAUUGAGGUCAUAGCACAGAGCAUUGGAAUUGCCAAUCUGUCUGCUGAUGUUGCACUUGCCCUUGCUCCUGAUGUGGAAUAUCGCAUGCGUGAGGUCAUGCAGGAGGCAAUCAAAUGCAUGCGGCACUCAAAGAGAACUGUAUUGACAACAGACGAUGUUGAUAUUGCACUCAACUUAAGAAAUGUUGAGCUUAUUCGGCAACUUGAGAAUUUUUUUUUUCCAAAAGAAAUUUCUUCCUUGAUUUGGUUCCAUCACAUCUUCUUGCCUCAGCCAAUUUAUGGCUUUACCUCGGGAGGUCCGCUGCGGUUCAAAAGAGCUGUUGGACAUAAGAAUUUGUUUUACAUCGAUGACAAGGAUUUGGAUUUCAAAGAUGUGAUUGAAGCUCCUUUACCGAAAGCACCACUUGAUGCUGCAGUAGUUUGUCACUGGCUGGCUAUUGAAGGUGUACAACCAGCUAUUCCAGAAAAUGCUCCAGUAGAAGUCAUUGCAGCUCCUUCUGAUGGCAAAAAGUUUGAACAAAAAGAUGAUGGGCUUCCUGUUGACAUUAAAUUACCCAUUAAGCAUGUAUUGUCUAGGGAGCUUCAGCUAUACUUUGAUAAAAUAAUUGAUCUAACGGUGAAUAGGUCAGACUCUGCCCUUUUUAAAGAGGCAUUAGUGAGCUUGGCUACAGACUCAGGACUUCACCCAUUAGUUCCUUAUUUUACAUACUUCAUCUCCGAUGAGGUAUCUCGUGGUCUGAAUGAUUUCAACCUCCUGUUUGCUUUGAUGCGUGUGGUUUGGAGUCUUCUUCAGAAUCCUCACAUACACAUAGAACCUUAUCUGCACCAAUUAAUGCCAUCUGUGGUUACCUGCCUUGUUGCAAAACGAAUUGGAAAUAGACUUGCAGACAACCACUGGGAACUUCGAGACUUCACAGCAAACCUGGUUGCUUCAAUAUGCAAAAGAUUUGGGCAUGUUUAUAACAAUCUGCAAACGCGGCUGACAAAGACUCUGCUCCAUGCGUUUUUAGACCCAAAACGUUCUAUGACCCAACACUAUGGUGCAAUUCAAGGUUUAGCAGCUCUAGGACCAAAUAUGGUUCGCCUACUUAUAGUGCCAAAUCUUGAACCAUACCUUCGACUUCUUGAACCUGAGAUGCUCCUUGAGAAGCAGAAGAAUGAGCUAAAGAGGCAUGAAGCAUGGUGUGUUUAUGGGGCCUUGCUGCGUGCGACAGGUCAAUCCAUAUAUGAUCGGCUCAAAAUGUUCCCAGCUUUGCCAUCCCCACCAGCACGUGUUUUCAGGACCAACGGAAGGGUAGUUACAUCACCACCAAAUAAACGCAAGGCAAACAAUGAGCACUUGGAGCAGCAGCCAUCUCUCAAGAAGAUAGCGACAGAUGGCCCAAUGGAUGUGGUGCCAACCAACUUGUCAUCUAACAUGCAACCGCCAGAAACAAAAGGUCCUGUUCCUUCGACUGAUCCUGACAUGGGCCCAUCAUCAUCUUCCAGGCAGAUACCUCAUGGAAACAUUUCAGAUAGCAGAGAUAGAAAAGGUAAGGGUGAUAGUCGAGCUUUGAAGAUGUCGGCUGUCCUCACCCAAACUUGGAGGGAUGACUUGAAAUCUGGGCAUCUUCUGGUAUCGCUGUUUGAGUUGUUUGGUGAAAGCAUUUUGCCCUUCAUUCCAGCUCCUGAGAUGUCUUUGUUCUUGUAACCAUUCCGACAGAAAGAUUAAAAAAUCUGUUGCUGCCAUGGUAUAUAAUUCAUGGAAUCGCUUCAAUUCAAGAAAAAAGCUUAUUUCUAAUGAAUUAUUACAGAAGUUUUUGGUUU